AUGCCUACGGUUUGUUGCGACGCUUGGUUUAUCAUGUGGUUGUAUCAAGGCAUGCCCGUCGUUGCUGUCCUCCCUCAAGCUGCGAUAUGUCAGCAACAACCCAAUCUCCUCAUCUUCUCAUGCUUGGUUUCGGCUUUGGCCAAUGCCCCGGGCUUUGGACGAGCAAUGCGGAGAUCAAUGUUCUUCCACAUCCUCAGUCUUUGCCUCAGCAUAGGCUGUAUGCACAGUCGGCCGAUUGAUGACAUCAGCACAUGGACACAGUAUGGUGAGUCCGUGUGUUGGGUGGCCGCUGAUUGGGAGGACUGCUGUGCGCCCAAGUAUGGCUCCACAGGGAACCCUGAGUGUUGGAUAGCGUUUCCUUUGUCUUACGAGAAGUGUUGUCUUGAGCGCUGGAAAGUUUGCGAUGCAAUUGCUGAGUUUCGGGAAAGAACACCAGCAACAUCUUCGCUUUCGUCCUCAUGGCUCAUUUUCUAUGAAUCCUGUGGGCGAGGGCAAGAACUUCUAAAUUUGCUUCAAAGACUUUGGAGUGCCGUCGGCUUCCUUUGCACAUCGAGUGCCAGCAUGAACAGCAUAGAGCACGGAGCAAACGAAGCUUGCAGUGAAAAGGAGAUAAUGGAGCAAACGAGGGACAUCAGGCAAGAGCUCAACACUCAAAGAAGUGCUUUGGACACAAAAGAUUGGCUUGAUGUGCUGGAUGCAGUGCAGCUGCCUCACAUCAACGAGUUGAAUCUUGAACUUACCGACGUGGUCAAGGAAUGGUCGCCCCAGAGCUUUGCUCAAAUACUUCCAGAAACGGACUUCUCAAUUGUGAAUUUGAGAGAGAAGUUGCAUGUCUUUCGGGAUCACCUAGAGCAGUUCCGAGACUCCACGCUCAACGCAAUCUACAUGCACGACUCCUGGUUAUCAAAGAGGCGCGCAGGCUGUGGUGAGAUCUGCAAUAUCGAUGGCACCGACGCUGAGCAGAACACUGGCCCCUUGAGAAAACGAGUGAACUGCAAUGCGUUGCUCAACAGCAUGGUCGCCAACCACACAGAAUCCGUACCAGUCAUACCCCCGCCAAGCAUACCAUCAAGCAUGAUGCCAGCAUUUACCAUGAAUGGUCAGGUCGCAGUUCUGUCCCAUUCAACCAUUCGACAGGCCCUAGGAUAUGCCGGUGGAGUGUUUCCUGCCCCGGAGCAAGCUGAAGCGAAUUGGAUGUGGAGUCGUGAGGCCAUCGAAAAGUUGAUUGCUCAGGCCCGUGAAUACAAGCUUACCCCUGGUCCCCAUUCACUGGAGCGCGUCAAAACCUUGACGGAUGUUUUGGCGGGCUUGCCCGAGAUGGUCGGACAGCACUGGAUAGUUUGGGGCGACCAGAAACAUUUUGAAUGGUGGAAGCCAUGGAUGGAAAGUCUUCUCCUAUCGUUUGGUGUGGGGACUGUUUCUUCAAUGGUUCCCAUUCCUUCACGUUAUGACGUCAGUUCGCCGCAUUCGCCACAUCCACAGCUGCGGCCCAUCACUAUGCAGAAGGCUGUACAGAAUGCUCCAUUCCAUGGCGUCGUGCUCAUGGGGGUGGCUUCAGCUGGAGUUGGCCGCCAUGGAGACAAUUUGAAUCCCAACGAAGAUCUUCAACAAGCCGCUGCAGCAUGGUGUUUGUUGCAGAGUGGAGGCAUCUUGAUUGCACCAACCAUGACCGACACUGACCUGCUUCGCUGGCCCCUAGGGCGAGUUUACGGCCCCAAACGAUGGCCACACCUGGUAGCGAACUUUGAGCUACUCCGCAUCUAUGAUGGUGUUGCUGCGGUUUUGCGGAAACCAUAG